AUGAAUUAAGUAAAGCAUUUCAAAUUCAUACUCUAAUAUCUAGAAUUCAGUUCCAAAUCAGAUCAAUAGCAAUACGAAUUAACCAUCUUAUUGAAACGCAGUACGGCUGCUGCUCAAUAAGUUGUUACCAAAUUACAAAUCAAGAAUCCUGAACGCACCAUGACUAUUUGUCGUCUUCCCAUUGAUCAAGUUGUCGAGUUUCAAUAACGCAUGACCAAAAAGGAUGGAAUCUAUGCAGACUAUAAUAUCAAAUUCCUUUUCUAUUUGGCUGGCAAUCAAUUGCUUGGUGACUGUGUAAUCAAUCUAGCCUACUUUCUCGACGGUGGAGCACCUCAAGAUUAAAAACAGAAAAAACCACUCACUUCCACAACAGAUAAAAGAGCUGCCCUACUCUUCAAAGUGAUUAAGGAUUCAAUAUACGAGUCUCAAGAAUUCCCAAUCGCAGACGUUCCUGCUCCAGUUAUUGGACCUGCACCUCAGACAGCACGAACAUCCAGCACUAGGAAGAUAGACUCCAGAACAACCAGAGCACGUAGUCAAUCUCCACCCAAGGAGUUUAAGACUGCCAUUAUCGUAAGUAAAGCCAAUGAAUAACCAGCCGAAUCAACUGUUUCACAAUCCUCAUUCAAAUAACAAUAACAUCAUUAGCAGACAUAAUAGGAUAAUCUCACUUAAAAGUUUGUGCAAUUGGGUGAAAAAUUUCAAUAACAAAAGUAGCAAUAAAUAGUUUAACCACCAUCACCACCACCUCCUUAGGAGUAUGAUAACUUCAAAGAAAUCACUGAUCUUCUCUCUUAAUAAGAGGCUGAAUUGGAAAAAUAAAUUGAGCAAUUAGACAUUCAUAUCAGAUCUGAUGGAAAGUUUAAGAAGAUUUUCGAUGAUUCCACAUUCAAUAAUUUUGACGUUAGUUCACAAGAUUCAGAAAUCUAACUAUGGAAAUAAAAGUGUGCAGAACUUGAAGAUAAAUUUAACAAAGUCCAGGAUGAAAAUUAACAUCUUACUGUCAUUAUCAGAUAAUAGAGUGAACAGUUAAAAAAAAUGAAUCAGAGAUCUCAAUCUGGUUAUAAGUAAAUUAAUGACAAUGCUCUCAAUCAAUCCACUACGUCGAAUCAAGAAUAGUAUGAGAAAACUAUUGACAAGAAAAAUUAAAUCAUUAAAGAAUUAUCCAAUUAACUAUUAGAGUUAGAGAAGAAUGCUAAUGUCAACAUAAUCGAUUAAUUGAAAAGUUAAAUUGUGAGAUUAGAAUAAUAAAUGCAAGAGAAAGAAGAUUAGUGGUUGGCAUAAGAAAGAAUAUAUAAGGAUAAGAUAAUUUAAUUGUUAUAAAAUACAGAAUGA